AUGUGUAAAAAUGAUUUAGUGUGUUCUAGUGCAGAAAAGCAAUGGAAUAUCAAACCUACUUGUAUGAAAUCUAUAAAAGAAGGUGAAUCUUGUCAAAAUAGUGAACAAUGUUUUUUAGGUUUAAAAUGUAAUAUUCCCGAAAAUACUUCCACAGGUACUUGUAUGAAUAUGAAUUUUGCACAAGUAAAUCAUAAAUGUGAAAAAGAUAUAGAUUGUUCAGGUGAUGAUUUAAAAUGUAAAGAUUCAAAGUGCAUUAGAAACAACGAUAUAAAAUGUGGACUAAACAACCCAUGCCAAUAUGGUGAUUAUUGCCAUUUGCCCUCAAGAGAAUGCAAAAAAUUAAAAAAAGAAGGUGAAAGCUGUGGCCUAUCGGUGGAAUGUCAAUAUGGUAGAUUUUGUGAUCCAAGCUCAAAGAAAUGCAUUAAAAUUCUUUCAUUAAACGAAGGUGAUAAGUGUCAAGCAUAUUCCAAUGAUCAAUGUAAUGCAGCUAAUGACAUUUAUUGCGGUACUAGCGGAGUUUGCGAAAAACUAGACCUUAGAGACCCAGGAAAAUGUUUAAGAAUGGAUAAUUUAUGUGCACCCCUUCACAAAUGCAGUUGUACAGAUUUUAAAUGUUACCCAACUAGACUAUUUGGCGAAGAAUUUUCAAGUGCUCUUAUAAACUUUUAUAAUUGUGCCGAUAAACAUCAAUGUCAAUUUACAAUCAACAGAUUCUCACCAGACUCUUGUUUAACUAAAAACUGUGCAAGCGAGUUUUGUAAGUUUAAUUUAGCAAUAAACCCAAACAACAAUUUAAAUUGCGACAGAGAUGGAGUAAAAACCUAUUGUCAAAGAUAUGCUACCGAAGUGGAUAUAGUCCCAAAAUCAGUAAGAAAUGAUAUAAAAAAAAAAAAGAAAUUAUCAGACUUAGUUUUAUGUAUAGUAUUAAUUCCAGUAUCAAUUCUUAUAAUGUCAAUCGUGGUAGAAAUUAAAUUGAGAAAUCGUGAAAAGGCACUAUCAAAAUAA